AAAAUUCUGGUCUCCUGGAAGAACUUCUCGGUUUCACCUCUUCUUCUUAUAAAUAUCUCUCUUUUCCUUAUAUAUCUGUUAUUUUCGGUAAUUCACGAAUAAGGGAUCUCAAAAUCUUGAAUCGAAGUAUCAAUCAAACAAAGCUCUAAGAUGACGUUGACGUUUUGCGAAACUCGCUAAAUUUUAUGCUUUCUUCCACUUCUGGUUGAUUCCAGCUUCUGCUUUUUUUGGUGGGAGGGAGGACACCCAAUUUGGUUCCAAUGGAGGCUCUACCAGAUCAGUUAGUUUGGGAGAUCUUGGGUAGGAUCAAGAAAAUUGUAGACCGGAAUUCUGCAUCUUUAGCAUGCAAACGCCUUCAUGAAAUGGAGAAGGAACAAAGGGAAUUUCUCCGUGUUGGUUGUGGAUUAGACCCUGCAAAUGAAGCUUUAACCUCCCUCUGCAACAGAUUCCCCAACUUGAGAAAGGUGGAGAUAAUUUACUCUGGUUGGAUGUCCAAGUUAGGAAAACAAUUAGAUGACCAAGGUCUUCUCGUACUCUCGAGGUACUGCCCUUCUCUUGUUGACCUGACUCUAAGCUACUGUACAUUCAUCACAGAUGUUGGCCUCGGCCACCUGGCUUCUUGCUCAAAGCUUAUGGCCUUGAAGUUGAAUUUCACCCCAGGGAUUGGUGGAUUUGGUAUAUUAUCUAUCGUUGUGGGCUGCAAGAACCUCACCACCCUCCAUCUUAUCCGAUGCUUAAAUGUGAGUAGUGUUGAAUGGCUAGAAUACCUUGGCAAGCUUGAGACUCUUGAGGAUCUAUCAAUCAAGAACUGUAGAGCAAUUGGAGAGGGUGACCUUGUUAAGCUUGGACCUGGUUGGCGGAAACUGAAACGGUUGCAAUUUGAGGUUGAUGCUAAUUACAGAUACAUGAAGGUUCACGAUCGCUUAGCUGUGGGCCGAUGGCAAAGACAAUGGGUCCCCUGUGAUAAUAUGGAGGAGCUUAGCUUGGUUAAUUGCCUCAUCAAUCCUGGAAGGGGGCUUUCUUGUGUUUUGGACAAAUGCAAGGCCUUGCAGAAGCUCCACUUAGACAUGUGUGUGGGGGUUAGGGACAGUGACAUUGUGAGCUUAGCCCAGAAAUCAAACAACCUCCGGUCUAUCUCGCUCCGUGUCCCAUCAGAUUUCUCACUCCCCCUGUUAAUGAACAACCCAUUAAGGUUGACAGAUGAGAGUCUGAAGGCUAUUGCACACAACUGUUCUAUGCUGGAAUCACUGAAGAUAUCUUUCUCUGAUGGGGAGUUCCCUUCUUUCUCUUCCUUUAGCUUAAGCGGAAUCCUAACUUUGAUCCAGUUUUGUCCAGUUCGUGUUCUAGCCCUUGACCAUGUAUACUCCUUCAAUGACAAUGGGAUGGGGGCUCUCUGUUCUGCCAACUAUCUUGAGACCCUGGAACUAGUCAAAUGCCAAGAGAUCAGUGAUGAGGGACUGCAGCUCGUGGGACAAUUUCCACGAUUGAAUGUUCUAACACUCUCAAAGUGUUUGGGUGUGUCCGACGAUGGACUAAAGCCACUUGUGGGGUCAGAUAAAUUGGAGGUUUUGACUGUAGAAGAUUGCCCUCAGAUUUCUGAGAGGGGUAUUCAGGGGGCUGCAAGGUCUGUCUCCUACAAGCAAGACUUGUCAUGGAUGUACUAAAGCUCCUUGGUUCCUAAGGUGUUUUGAUGCUCUUCAAGUGCUUGGAUAUUCUGAGACAGGUUGAAGCCACUGUGUAGCAGAGAUAUGAAGCUGUGUAGUUUAGAGUUGCACUCUGAUUUCCAGGAGGUGCUGCCAGCAAGGCUUGUCAUGGAUGCAUUAGACAUUUAGACCCGUGUGGCUCCCAUUGUUGGGUAAGAAAUAACGCCUGCUGGUCCCAUUCCAUUCAGAAGCUUUUGUUGUAUGUCUACUUAAAUGUUUUUACAGUUGGGAACUUUUAUCUUAGGAGAAAGUUUUCUGCCACCAGUAUCAAGAGAGAAUCUUGUCAUCCAAGGUGAUUUGAUUCUUUGAUUGGACUCUUAGAAUAGUGAAUAUCAUCCUAUUUACAAAAAAAUCAAAAUACUCUUUCUCAGUCCAGAGUGUCUUCCCAUGGAUUAAGUGGUUCUUCCUUCACCCACAGUGAAGAAAUUCUCCUGCAACGAAUUUGGUUCUAUUAUGGAAGUAACUUGUUUAUCUUAAAUACCAAGUCCAGUCACACCCUCUUUUCACCCUUUCUAUCAUCCAUAUUGCCAAUCUACUUUAUUUUUAAGCAAAUGGUAAGACUGAACUUUCUCCAUUGUGGUUUGUGUGGACUUUGACAAUUUCGACCUGCAGGGAAAUAAAUAGUAAUUUUUUGACAUUACUUUUCUUUUCAUAAAAAACUGUGGCUCUUUUGUUCUCCUAGCGAUAUUACUGAUAUUAAGUUUACACCUUUGUCAAAAUUUCAAAGAAUGUUAAGAAAUAGGAGGAAAGUUGAUACAUCAGAUCAAGUAGGAUCAGUAAAAGGUAAGCUGGUGUCACACUCCAAAAAUAUAAACUAUCACAAUAUUAGUGUAAAUACUUGGUGAGAUUUUGAAAGAAAAAAAAAAAAGAAGAACUAUUGUUAGGACCUCUUCAAGAAUAUGAUUCUUUAUCCUAACUUGCAUUUCAAAACUUUUGGGUUUCUUUGAUUGACUCCAUUGUAGGAACUCUUCCCCCUGGUUAUUCUGAAAAACUUACUAUAUGUUUGAUCAAAUUAGUUAAUACUCUAUGCCAUAUUUCUAUUUAAUUGUGUGGUAUGGAAUCCCCCCCCCCUUUUACUACAACUAGAACCUUGAAAAACAGGUCCAUUUGGAUGACUCUUUGUAUAAACGAAGAUUAAUACAGUUUUAAAUUGUGAAGGUCAAUACGACUAUGAUGAAGCUUAGUUGAGACAAGAGACUACUAUUAUGGAGAACGAAUUUGGUUUUAUGCCAGGAAGAUAUACAAUAGAAGCUAUUUACUUGGGAGAUUCAUGGAAAACUUUAGAGAUUGCUAGAAGGGUCUCUAUAUGUUUUAUAUUGACAUAGAAAAAACUUAUGAUCGAGUCCCUAGAUAGUUAAUCUGGUAAGUACUAGAGAAGAUUAGUGUUUCAAGUAAAUAUGUGGACAUAGAUAAAGAUAUGUAUAAUAGUGUGGUUAUUAGUGUAAGAACAGUGGGGUGUCAAUGUAGAAUUCCCAAUUACAGUAGAGUAUAUCAAGGAUCAACUUUAAGCCCUUAUUUGUAUUCCCAUAUUAUAAAUGACCAAGACAUUCAAGAUCAGGUUCCUUGUUGUAUGUUUUUUAUUGAUUAUAUUGUUUUGGUGGAUGACAAAGGCAUGGAUUAACAUCAAGUUAUGGAGAUCAACCUUGGAAAUAAAACAAAAAUAGAGUAUAUGAUGUGUAACUAAAGGAUGGAUAAUGAGGUGGUGUAUAUUGAUGAAAAAGUAGAUUUCACAAAAUGAUUAUUUUAGAUAUCACCAGUUUGAUUUCAUGUUCCUAGGAAUCAGACCAACCCCAAUUGCCCCCCAAAAUCAGGAAUUGCAAAGCAUAAAAAAUCUGCUUUCACUGCUUCGAAACAAAACUCGUGAAGCAAAUCACUUACGAAAUAGAAGGGCCCCCGAUGUUUUUUGGCAAACUCACCGGAUACCUCUUCAAGAAACUUUUUCUCAAUUUUCUCAUGCUAUGGAGACCUCCUCAAGGUAAAACGUCUUCCUCUCAAAUUUCCCAUGGAGUCCUCCACAAGGAAAAUGUCUUCCUCAUCUAAAAUUUCUCUCAAGGAUACCUCCACAAGGAAGACUUCUCCCUUAUCUCAAAUUUCUCCAUAAGUGACUACCACAAUGAAGCCUUCUACCUUCUCUAAAUUUUCUCCAUAGGAGACUUUCAUAAGACGUCGUCGUCUUAGUUUUCCCAAGAUUUUCAAAAGCUUCAAUAGAUGUGGAAUCAUUAUUCAACGUCUAUGCUCUCUCUCUCUCUCUCUCUCUCUCUCUUUAUUUGCCCAUUGCUGCUUUAUAUAAUGUUUGGGAUUUGAUGCAAUCGUCAUUGCAUUGUUCAGUACAAAACUUUGGCUUUUAGUUGUUUAAGGAUUAUAAUGCAUAAUCGAUAAGGAUUACCUUCAAUCAAUGUGUAGUGGGUAGCAUCUUUGCUAUACGUUUUGGAGGAUUCCUUCCCUUCAUUGCCUAUCUGCACUAAUAAUAAGCAGAACAUGAAGUAUUGCAUCAACGAACAAGAGAAAUAAGAGUUCCCAUCUUAGACGCUUGACUUGAGAGCAAGGAAAUAAAAAAAAAAAAAAAUACAAAAUGUAUAGCAGACAUCCAUCACUCCUCAUCAAAAUAAUUGAACUUUAUUGAAUGGGUUUGUAAAUCAAUCUGCCUUCCCCUGUAACCUCCAUGUUUCUUCUUCUUCUUUUCAUGGCAAAAAUCCCUUCCUCUAACAUGGCCGAUGACUUCUUGUGUUUUUGCACCAUACCCAGUGUCUACACCAUCCUUUGCCCAAAUUCCUUCCUCUACCUCGAAGCUUUACUUUUGUCUAUUGUUUGCUGAUUUAAACCAAAUUAAACUGUAUUCAUAUUAGUUCAUGACCAAAUGUUAUCUUAUACAAUUUUUUUUUAGUUGUUUGUGCAAAUGUAAUGAUUGAAUGUGUUAUAUUAUGUGCAUAUUAGAAUUUAGAUAAAAUAGAAAGUACUUCAAUCAAUGAAGUAGAGUCAACAAAGUGGACAAAAACUGAAGUAGAUGGCUAUGUUUCUAUAAAAAAAAAAAAUGAUGUUCCAAAUGUGAAAUGACAAUUUUGUAAUUAUUAGGUUAUAGACAGAAGUGAUUUUCUUAAUUUCUUCACCAAUUUCUGAUUCUGAUAUGAGUCAAUUUUAAAAGUACUUCCUUGACGGUUUACCAAUGGUGAUCUUGAUCUUAGAAAUCACAAAAUAACAAAAAAAUCACUUCCAAGCAGAAUCAGUGAAUUGAGGACAGACGUGUUAUCAAUCAGGCCCUAAAUCUAGGUUGAUGUGGAAGUUGAGAAACGGGACUUGUAUUGAUAUUUGGAAGGGUAGAUGGCUUCUCACACUCCUUGACUUCAAGAUUCAACAUUCAUUGCCUCCAAGAUUGCCUUCUGAAGUUUGUGUCUGAUCUUAUCGAUUCGAGAUCGUGCAUGGUUUUACAAGUAGUGGUGUGGUAAUUGAGUCUCAAGGUACAAAACCUCACAUUCUUCUAGCCUUCGUUGUUUGCCAUGAUCUUGGUUUGCAGCAGUGGUCUUACCCCUUUUUCGGCUUUUCGAAACAUAGUCAUUCUGAAAGUGUUUGUUUCCUUAGGGGUGGAAAAGUGAGCAAACAACCCAAUUUCCCUAUCAGCCCACGUGGCAGACAACUUCUCCCACCCUAUGCCUUCUCAAAGUCCUCUAAAAUCGGUACUACUCUGGUGGAAGUCACGAGGAAUUUGCAACUUCUCUGUCUCUCUCUCUCUCUCUCAGCGCAAUCUUGGUUCAGGGGGGACCCAGUUGCACCGAUCAGCAGCGAGCCUCGUCUCUACUUGCCGACUGGAACUCUUACGCAGCCUCCAAAGCUUCAGAAGAGAGUGGAUCGUCUAGCUUAGGUAUCAACCUCAAAGCCGCUGUAAGGACUGCCAACGAUAAGGUUGUCCGGACUUCUAACGUAUAAGCGUGAAUCUUGAACAACGAUGACAUUUUGGCUUUGAGUCUCUCUCCACCCCCCCUUCCACUUUUACAUUUUUUUUCAUGUAGUGGUUCUUGAGAUACUCUCUCACCUUCCUGCUUGGGUAGAGACGAUUUUGACA